CGCACCCCCGGCGCUCACCUUGGCCGCGAAGGGGAGGGGAGGUGGGAGGUGUGCGGCCGUCGUCGUGGGUGACUCGCCGCCGUGCUGGAAAGAGGCAGCCCCUGGAGUGUUUUUCAACUUCUGGUCAACUGUGGGAACAUUUUGAACUCCUCAGAAGGGAUCAGUGAAAGCAACAAGGAAAAGCCAGCCAAAAAAAUUUUCCCUAAGUGAGAUGCUGUAGAAAUGGGAAAUUAAGGUUUUUCAGUGGAGACUGUGGAACUGUUCUUCCUUGGCUCCUGCUCUGUGAGAUCAACUAUGGAACACACUCAAGAACGUGAAGCAUGUCUUGAGCAAAUCCAGAGGUAUUGUGUGGAGAGACCAAUAUAUAACCAAGAGCUCUUGCAAGGACAGCUGCACAGGCGAGAGAGAACACCUCAAACUUUAAGGCAGAAGAUUGCACAUUCUUGUCGUUGUUCAUCUAAGAAAGCCAAGUCUCAUCUUUACAGUUUAUUACCAAUUUUAAAAUGGCUUCCCCAUUACCCAGUGAAGGAAUACUUAUUAGGAGACAUCAUCUCAGGUAUAAGCACUGGGGUUAUGCAGCUUCCUCAAGGUUUAGCCUAUGCUUUGCUGGCAGCCGUUCCCCCAGUGUUUGGCCUAUAUUCUUCAUUUUAUCCUGUCUUUCUAUAUACAUUUUUUGGAACCUCCAAGCACAUAUCAAUAGGCACCUUUGCUGUCAUUAGUAUGAUGGUUGGCGGUGUUGCUGUGAGACAAGUGCCUGAAGAAAUUAUUUCUGUAGGCUAUAAUUCUACUAAUAUUACAGACUCCCUUGAAUAUUACCACGCUAGGGAUACCAAGAGGGUACAGGUAGCUGUGACCCUCGCUUUUCUUUCAGGAAUUAUCCAGUUGUGUUUAGGUCUCCUUCGAUUUGGGUUUGUAGCCAUCUACCUAACAGAGCCUCUGGUGCGAGGAUUUACUACUGCUGCUGCAGUUCAUGUCUUUACUUCUCAAUUAAAGUAUCUCCUUGGCAUUAAGACUAACCGAUACAGCGGACCCCUCUCAGUUGUAUACAGCAUAGCUGCUGUGCUUUCAAAAAUAACAACGACCAAUAUUGCUGCAUUGAUUGUUGGAUUAACAUGCAUUGUUCUAUUGUUGAUUGGCAAGGAAAUCAAUGUCCGGUUUAAGAAGAAACUCCCAGUUCCUAUUCCUAUGGAGAUCAUUGUGGUAAUUAUUGGCACAGGAGUUUCAGCUGGAAUGAAUCUGAGUGAGUCAUACAAAGUGGAUAUUGUUGGGAAUAUUCCUCAAGGGUUGUGUGCACCUGCAGUUCCUGAGAUUCAGCUCAUCCCAGCAAUAUUUGUAGAUGCAAUAGCAAUAGCAAUAGUUGGAUUUUCAAUGGCUGUAUCAAUGGCCAAGAUCUUUGCCCUUAAACACGGUUACACCAUUGACGGGAAUCAGGAACUUAUUGCCUUGGGAAUAUGCAACUCUGUGGGGUCAUUUUUCCAAAGCUUUUCAAUCACUUGCUCUAUGUCUCGGAGUCUUGUUCAGGAAAGCACCGGUGGGAAAACUCAGAUUGCAGGUGCACUCUCUUCAAUUAUUGUUCUGUUGGUACUUGUGGCUAUUGGAUACCUCUUUGAACCACUUCCACAGACAGUGCUAGCUGCAAUUGUAAUGGUGAACCUGAAAGGAAUGUUUAAACAGUUUGGAGAUGUCGCGCACCUCUGGAGAACCAGUAAGAUUGAACUGGCCAUCUGGGUGGUAGCUUUUGUGGCUUCUCUUUUCCUGGGACUAGACUACGGUUUGCUUACUGCAGUAGCAUUUGCGAUGAUAACCAUUAUUUACAGAACACAAAGCCCUCAAUACAGAAUCCUGGGUCAGGUUCCUGACACUGACAUCUACUGUGACGUGGAAGAGUAUGAAGAGGUUAAAGAAUAUCCCGGAAUAAAAAUAUUCCAAGCUAACGCAUCACUUUAUUUUGCCAAUAGUGAGUCAUAUACAAGUGCACUGAAGAAAAAGACUGGAGUGGACCCUUGUGCCAUCUUAGCAGCAAGGAGAAAAGCUGAGAAGAGGCAUGCCAGGGAAAUAAAGGCAGCAAAUGAACUCAGAAAGAAAGCUGUACUGAAACUAGUGAAUUCUUCGACUAAUGAUGUGGAAGCAAGUGUAAAACACGAGAUAGCAAGUGAUGAGCUAUCUGUAAAUGGAAAAUUUGCAUCUGCAGAUGCUAGUGUACAAGACAUGUCUCCUGAUGAGCAUGAACACUUUGUGGAGCCCAAAACAAACAUCCACUCUUUAAUUCUGGAUUUCACCCCAGUGAACUUCGUGGAUUCAGUUGGAGCAAAAAUGUUAAAAUCAAUUAUAAAAGAAUACAAAGAAGUUGGUGUUCGUGUCUGUAUUGCCAGCUGUAGUGGCCCUGUUAUGAAUGAGCUGACAAGACUGAAUUUUUUUGAUAACACAGUAACGAGAGAGUUGCUGUUUCACAGUGUUCAUGAUGCUGUCCUUGCUUGCCAAGCGGAAGAUGGGUCUGCUUCACAGACCAACUUGGACCUCUGAAGAGUGGCAUCAAGCAGAAUGGGAGCCAGAUUUAUGCUGGUGGAGACUUUUUCUGAAUAUUUAAUUUGCACAGUUUAAAGAGAACCUGAGGCUAUUUGUAUCUACGGGUACAGGGUAGUGCUUAUUUUCGGUAGGAAGAGUGGAUGAGGAGCUGGAAGCCUUCAUGCUCUUGAAUUUUUCCCUUCGAUCAGGGUAUAGCCUCCCAGCACCAUACAAGCACAAAAUUAUGCAAGACAAGAAAAUUCAGUGUAUUCUGCUACAGUUGGAAUCUGAUAGGCAAAGUGACAUUCCUAUUCCUGUUGAGAAAAUGGGCACUUUAACUCACUACGAGGUGAGAUCUUGCAGGAAAUAGCUCUUCUGCAAUUUCAGUGCACUGUACCAGUGUCUUUAAAGAACUUUCUUAGAUGACAUUUAAAGCCUGAUGUCAACAUCUGCAUACAACAGUCACAUAUAUUAUAAUCUGCCAGCUGGAUUAAUGAAUUCACACUGGUGGCAUUUAGCUGCUGCUCUUUUUAAACCUGGAUGGUACAGUUAUUUUUUUAAUAUAUCUAAACUGUCUCAACUAUACUCAACUCUCCAUUGCCUGAACAUUUUCACUCUCAGUGAACCUCAAAUUAGAAACUCAUUGUUUAAUUAUUGCAUUAUCAAUAUGUACUAGCUAUGUCUUCUGGAAAAGAAUAUGGUUGAUUUUGAGCUGAGAUCAGUUUAGCUUCAAAGUCUGAAGACAAAACUGGUUUAAGGCAGGAGUAAAGCCUAUUAAAAUUAAGAACUGCUGGCCUAUAUGCAGUCUCUUUAAGCUGCAAUAAAAAUGUAGACAAGAUCUAAAGUCUCAGUGGUCAAAAAACAUGUACUUUUCUGUUGCCCAAGAGAUCUUCCUACCAGCAGUGCUGCUUCUGCUCAGCUUUUAAAUGCUUUGAGAAAUAGAUUUCAGUAAAAUUUAACAAUGUUGUGUUUGGGCUUUUUCAAAAGAAACACUGUUGCAGGCUUUUUUUCUCUUGUCUUUGCUUAACUUCAGGUGUGUGACAGAAACUGUGGAAACGUAGUUCAAGCAAAAGAAUAAAAUCUUCAAUGCCUGUAUUUCCCCAACAGCAAUCACUAACAAUCUGAGCAGAAGUAGGAACCUAAAAUGUCUCUGUGGGUCAUUUUGACAGCACAGGAGAUGUGGAGCAUCAGUGACAUUUCAUUUGGUGCCCUCAAAUCAAAGGUCCUGUGCAUAAGGGUAUUCAAAUUAUUUUUUUUCUCUUCUGUAUGCAGAACUUGAUACUUUAAUUUUGCCUCAAGCUCUCUUGCCACUGGGGCUUGCUUCAGGUAAACCAAGUUUCCCAAGGGCUGGGGCCAGUCGGGGAAGAUGUUUCCCUUCCACAGGCUCCCCUGCCAAUAGGGGUAGGAAGCUUUCUGCAUCAGAAAUUAGCACGUAGCUGGAGCUCAAAGGAUGAACUGAAUACACGUUAACACAUUGUGCGUGUUUGUGUAAACAACUUUUGGUACAUUUUGUAGCGUUAACUAGUUUAGCAAGGCUUUCUAUCUACAUACAGUAUAUUUUUCUACUUUCAGCUUGUUGCAGCUUUGGUUUUUAACUAUGUAGUCUCCCCAGUUCACGUCAGAAUACUGUCAGCUUCUGAAAUAAAGUGAUGAUUAUGA